ACUUAUGGACAAUUAGGUUGAUUCCAUAUCUUUUCUAUCAUUAAUAGAAAUUCACAACAGAAAAGUUGCUGUGAUAAACCCGAAAGAUACUAGAAGGAAUUUUAACAUAUUGACCAUAUUAAACAAUAUUUAACAUGUUGAUUGUAUUCAGCUAUCUUUUACAAUGUGGUGUACAGACCCUAAAAUAGCUCCUAAUUGUCCCUGUCCUAUUUUUUUUUUAAUACUCAUGUCCAUGUAUAAUCCCCCCUUGCCUGUGGAUGGAACCUGUGACUUAACUGUAACAUAUAGAAUUUGGCAAAUGUGAUAUGUUAAGAUUAUAAUGUCCGCUAUGCUGGGAGAUUCUCUCCCUUGCUAGUUUCAAUGAAGUAAGUGGUCACGUUGGGGAGGCCCAUUUGGCAAGGAAUUAAGGGUGACUUCAGGCCAAUAACCAACUGAGAACUGAGGACAGCCUCUGAUCAUCGGCUAGCAAGAAAUAGAGUUAUCAUAUCUACAACUAUAAGGAACUGAAUUCUGCUAACAACCAUAGGAUCUUGGAAGCAUGGCCUUCUCCCAUUAAACAUAAACAUUCUGCAGCUGUGGCUAGCACUUUGCUACAGUUUCGUGGAAGACUCUGAAGCAGAGAACCAAACUAAGUAAUGGCUGGAUUUCUGACCCAGAGAAACUGUGAGACUAUAAAUGUGUUUGGUUUUAAGCCUCUAAAUGAAUGGGAAAUUGCUAUGCAGUAAUCGAUAAAUAGCACAAUAAAUUAGUCAACACUAUUACUUUAUCUGUAGAUGCUUUAGGGUUUUCCACAUAUAAGGUAAUAUCAUCUGUGAGUAGAGAUGAUUUUACUUCCUUUAUCAUUCAGGUAUCUUUUUCACUUUUUUUUUUUUAUUUUGGCCUACUUGUUCUGGCUAGGACAUUCAGUAUUAUGUUGAAUAGAAGUAGUAAAAGUGGAUGAUCUUGUCUUAUACCUGAUCUUAGAGGAAAAGCUGUCAGUUUUUCACUGCUGAAUAGGAUGUUAACUGUGGACUAUUUAUACAUGGAUUUACUAUGUUGAGGUAAUUUCCUUCUGCUCCUGGUUUUUUAAGUGGUUUUUGUUGUUGUUGUUGUUGUUUUUUUUUAAGUCAUGGAAGGGUUUGAGUUUUGUCAAAUGUCUUUUCUGUAUCUAUUGUGAUGAUCCAUUUGUAUUAGUCAACGUUCUUCAGAGAAACUGAACCAACAUUAAAAAAAAAAAAAAGACUAAGGAAAUUUGUUAUGGGAGUUGGAUCACAUGACUUUGGAGGCGGAGCAGUCUCACUAUCUGCCACCCCCGGAUGUAAAACCAGGAAAGCUGGUGGUGUAAUUCAGUCUGAAUCCAAAUGUCUGAGAACUAGUGGAGCCAGUGGUGGAACUCCCAAUCUGAACCCAAAGUCCUGGGAACUGGGAAAGCUGGUGGUAUCUAGAACAAUGGAAGUGACAACAAGAUUGACAUGGAAUGAUGAAAAUCAUCUGCGCAAGCUGCUUGGAAAUGUUUCUUUGAGUCUUCUCUAUAAGUCUAGUGUUCAUGGAGGUAGCAUUGAAGAUAUGGUUCAAAGAUGCAGCCAUCAGGGAUAUACUAUAACAAUGACUUACAUUAAUGAAAAUAUGAUUGUAGCUUUUGUGCUUGGAAAUUAUAUUAAUUUACGUGAAAGUUCGACAGAGCCAAAUGAUUCCCUGUGGUUUUCACUUCAAAAGAAAAAUGACACCACUGAAAUAGAAACAUUAUUCUUAAAUACAGCACCAAAAAUUAUUGAUAAACAACUGGUGUGUCGUUUAUCAAAAAAUGAUAUUUUCAUUAUACAUCCAGAUAAUAAAAUUUAUCUAGAUAGAAUGAUGAUGAAAAACUUGAAACUAAAGUUUUAUGGCCACCUUAAAUUUUUGGAGUGCGAAGUUUUUCGAGUUGAAGGAACUAAGUAUAACCUAGACUACACAAAGAGGAUAAUGAAAGCCAGAGAGCACAGAAAUAGGCUUCUAGCAGACAUCAGAGCCUACAAGCCCUAUGCAGACUUGGUUUCAGAAAUUCAUAUUCUUCUGGUGGGUCCAGUUGGGUCUGGAAAAUCCAGUUUUUUCAAUUCAGUCAAGUCUGUUUUUCAUGGCCAUGUGACCGGCCAAGCCAUAGUGGGGUCUGAUACCACCAGCAUUACUGAACGGUAUAGGAUCUAUUCUGUUAAAGAUGGAAAAAAUGGAAAAUCUCUGCCAUUUAUGUUGUGUGACACCAUGGGACUAGAUGGGGCAGAGGGAGUAGGACUGUGCGUGGAUGACAUUCCCUACAUCUUAAAAGGCUGUAUACCAGACAGAUAUCAGUUUAAUCCCCGUAAACCAAUUACACCUGAGCAUUCUACUUUUAUCACCUCUCCAUCUCUGAAGGACAGGAUUCACUGUGUGGCUUAUGUCUUAGACAUCACCUCUAUUGACAAUCUCUCCUCUAAGAUGUUGGCAAAAUUCAAGCAAGUUCACAAAGAAGUAUUAAACUGUGGUGUAGCACAUGUAGCCUUGCUUACUAAAGUGGAUGAUUGCAGUGAGAUUCUUCAAGACAACUUUUUAAACCUGAGUAGAUCUAUGACUUCUCAAAGGCAGGUCAUGAAUGUCCAUAAAAUGCUAGGCAUUCCUAUUUCCAGUAUUUUGAUGGUUGGAAAUUUUGCUUCAGAUUUGGAACUGGACCCCAUGAAUGAUAUUCUGAUCCUCUCUGCACUGAGGCAGAUGCUGCGGGCUGCAGAUGAUUUCUUAGAAGAUUUGCCUCUUGAGGAAACUGGUGCAGUUGAGAGAGUGUUACAGUCCUGCAUUUGAUAUAAGUUGCCUUGAUUCUGACAUUUGGCCCAGCCUGUAUUGGUGUGCCUCAAUGAGAGUCAAUCUCUAUUGAUAACUUCCUUCAGAUUUUGCUUUUGUUCAUUUUGCCUUCUGUCCUUGGAACAGUCGUAUUUCAAGUUCAAAGGCCAAACCUGAGAAGCAGUGGGCUAAGAUAUGUCCUACCACAAACUACCCCUCCAUAUUUCUGUACCAUUUACAAUUCAGUUUUCGGUGACACCUUUUUAAACCACUCCAGGAAAAAUGAGAUAUUCUUUUAUUUAUUCUUCUAUAACACUCUAUAUAGAGCUAUGUGAGUACUAAUCACAUUGAAUAAUAGUUAUAAAAUUAUUGUGUAGACAUCUGCUUUCUUAAAUAGAUUGUGAGUUCUUUGAGAAACAGUGUGGAUUUUACUUAUUUAUGUAUUCACAGAACUUAGCACAGUGCCUGGUAAUGAGCAAGCAUACUUACCAUUACUUUUCCCUCCCACCCUCUCCAACAUCACAUUCACUUUAAAUUUUUCUCUAUAUAGAAAGGAAAACUAGCCUGGGCAAUAUGAUGAAACCCCAUCUCCAGUACACACACACAAAAAAAGAACAAAACAAAACCCACAAAAAUUAGCUGGGUAUGAUGGCACGUGCCUGUUGUCCCAGUUACUCAAGAUGAUUGAUUGAGCCUUGGAGGUGGAGCCUACAGUGAGCUGAGAUUGUGCCACUGCACUCUAGCCUGGGAGAAAGAGUAAGAUCCUGAUUUAAAAAAACAAAAGAAAACAGAACAAACAAACAAAAAACAGAAAGGAAGACUGAAAGAGAAUGAAAAGCUGGGGAGAGGAACUAAAAAUAAAGAAGGAAGAGUGUUUCAUUUAUAUCUGAAUGAAAAUAUGAAUUACUGUAAGUAAUAGAAUUAAUAAAAAUGAGCCAACUUUUUUAACAAUUUACAUUUUAUUUCUAUGAAAAAAAAUUAUUCCUCUUCUAACAAACCCAUGCCUUAUUUUCAUUAAUUGAAUUCCAAAUCAUCCUAGCCAUGUGUCCUUCAAUUUAGGUUACUGGUGCAAAUCAGUAAGAAGGUUCUUAUACUCAUGCUCCAAAUAAUUCCAAAGUCCUCUUAGUAGCUGUGAAAGCUAGUACUAUUAAAAAAGAAAAACAAAAUUCCCAAAAGAUAGCUUUCGUGUUUUUUUCUUCCUUGAAGACUUCUUAAUUCUCUUCUCCAAAUUCUUAGUCUUCUUCAAAAUAAUAUGCUUUGGUUCAAUAGUUAUCCACAUUCUGACAGUCUAAUUUAGUUUUAAUAAGAAUUAUACUCAUCUUUGGGGUAGUCAUAGAUAUUAAGAAAGCAAGAGUUUCUUAUGUCCAGUUAUGGAAUAUUUUCUAAAGCCAAGCUGCAAGUGAAGUUGUGCUCAAGUGAAUGAAUGUUCAGGAGACACAAUUCAGUGGAAGAAAUUAACUCUUUAAAAAAGACCUAGGAAUAGGAGAACCAUGGAAAUUGAGAAGUAGGCCUACAAGUAGAUACUGGGAACAAAAUUAGAGAGGCAACCAGAAAAAGUCAUUUUAGGCUUAUCAGUGUUGUGCCUGUUGCAGAGUAACAUACCAAUACACCAAAACAGCAGGUGUUGCAGUAGAGAAAGAGUUUAAUAAUUGAAUGGCAGCAAAUUGAGGAAGGUUGAGGAAACCUCAAAUCCACCUCCCUGCUUGGUCUCAGUUUAGGGUUUUUAAGAGAAAGGCAGGUAAGGGGGUGAAGGUCUGGAGUUGCUGAUUGGCUGGGGUAUAGGGAAUGAAAUGAAACAUACAGAGAUGAAAACUGGAUUUCUUUUUUUUUUUUUUGCUGAGGCAGUUCCGUGGAGAGGGUCAUCAGACUGACUGGUGUCAGCAGACCCAUGGGAUUCCAGGAUCUGGAAAAAGUUUUAGAAAGAAACUUGAUGUUUCUUAAUGUUACAUAUGUUAUCUUAUAGAAAUAACUAACGGAAGUUAGUGCCUUGUGACCACGUCUAUGUGACUUUUAGGCAGAAAGAAACUAUAAGGAAAGGAGCUAACAGUCAUGCUAUAAGUAGCAGUAAGGAAUUGGCUUAAAGGGCAAGCUGGUUAGUACUUAACUGUGCUUUUAUUCAAAGUCUACAUUUUAUUUAGUGGUUAAUGUUUGCUGUUCAUUAGGAUGGUUUCACAGUUACCAUACAAAUGUGGAAGCAAC